CGGUUCGCCUCGCGAGUUCCGACCCGCGACCCCGAGCUCGUCCUCCCCAUCCCACCCAUGUCGCGGUAGCUCCGGCACAGAAACCCUAACCCUAGCUCCGGCGUCCUGCUCCUCCUCCUCCGACGAUCCCCAUGGACGCGAAGGACAUCCUCGGGCUCCAGAAGAGCUCCUUCCCGUCCGCGCAGGACAAGAAGCCGCGGGCGCCCAAGGAGCCGCAGCGCAAGCCCGAUGGCGUCUCGCGCGAGGUGUACGCGCUCACCGGAGGGGUGGGAAUGGCGCCGCUCAUGCCCACCAUCGAGGCCUCGCACCUCAAGCGUCGGCCUGCUGUGGAGAAGGCCAAGGUAGCGUGGAAGUGGCUACCUUUCACGACCUCUGCGCGAACUGACAGUCUGCAACUCUCCCACUGGGUUAGAGUUGUAAAUGGUGUUCUACCAACUGGUGAUUAUGACUUUGCGAAAUAUAACACGAAGGUGGAUGUUCUUAAAUACACCGACGAGGAAUAUGAGAAAUAUUUAACUGAACCUACAUGGAGCAGAGAAGAAACAGACCAGCUGUUUGAAUUAUGUGAACGUUUUGACCUUCGUUUCAUAGUAAUAGCGGAUAGGUUUCCAACUGAUCGCAGCGUGGAAGAUCUCAAGAGCCGCUAUUAUUCAGUUACCCGGGCUCUUUUAAUUGCAAGAGCUAGGUCAUUCGAUGAAGUUGCAGGGAACCCUCUGGUGAAGGAAACCUUCAAUGCUGCUCACGAGACUGAGAGAAAGCGUGCAUUAUCUGCACUCUAUGCCCAAACAAAACAGCAAGAACGAAAGGAUGCUGAGGUUUUGGCAGAAGCAAAACGAAUUAUGGAAUCCCGUGCUGCUAGCAAAAAUCUGGAAGAAGCUGGGGCAACACCGAGCUUUCAUAAUACUGCGGUUCCUGCUGACGGUGUAUCUCCCUUGAGUAACAGUCACCCAGCGUCAACUGGUGCACAUACUGCUGCAGCAGCAAAUACCUCCAUACCUGAUUCCCUGCGGCUGCUUAAAGUGUAUUUGAGAACCCAUGCACUUGACCAAAUGGUUCAAGCAGUAACUGCUCCAGCUGGCAUUAGGAUGGUUAAAAGGGUGGACCAAACUCUACAAGAUCUUGGGGUAAAUUUGAAGCCUAAGGUCCCAACAAAAGCAGUUUGUGCUGAACAUCUUGAAUUACGGAAUGAGAUACUCACAUUGCUUAACAUACAGAAGCAGCUACAAAAUAAAGAGGCUGAAGUUAUAGCAAACAGAGAGAGUUCAUUCACAGAGGCACCGAGCACACCUAAGCGUUCUAAUAGAGAUAUUGAUCGACCUUUUGUCCCUGAUAUGGGUGGGUUUGGAGGUGAGAGAGCAGUCAAACGUGACCACAAGCGGAAGUCUGGUGGAAGAUUUGAUGCACCCCCCUCACCAUCUCAGGGCAAGAGGCCUCGGAAGAUGAAGGCUUCUGAUUGACAGUACUUUUCAGAGGCCCAACAUAAAAAUUGGGCGUAGCCAAACAUCCUUGGUACUGCAUCUCAUUUUCUUUGUUUCUAGAUCCAUAUUUUUCUUGACUUGACUUUGAAAUUUAACACUUCCACAUCAUCUUUAAAUGUUGGACAGCUAGAGUUGAGUGAGAACUAACUUCAGUAGAUCAGUUUUAGUCUUGAAUGGAAGCUAGUGCGUUUACAGUGAUUACCAAGAAUCUACUUUUGUGGCUGGAACUUGGCUUGUCACAGAACAGCGCAUCGAUGGUGUGUGUGUGUGGCCAUUCUCCUUGCUGCAGACCUGGAGUCGUUGUGGUCAUGGUUUCUUUUGGUUUUCUUCGUGCAAUAUAUUGUCCUGUAUGUACAUAUAGUAGAAAGACAAAAGUAUGUUCUUUCAUGUUAUUGUUCACAGCCGUUCGUUCACUUGUGAUGUUUUAUGUUGAAUAUUUUGCCGUGAUA